AGCGCAGGGUUUAUUCUAUGUUAACACAAACGGGAAAAGAAAUAAGAAGAAAUCUGUUUUGCGUUUGUGAUUGUGUUUGACGAGGAUUCUAGUUUUAAAUGUUAGUGAUCUGAAAAAUAUUAUCGUCCAUAAAUAAUUUGUGAAAUACUUUUAUUCGUAUUUUAUACUCGUAACUACAUUUUUAUUUCGCGUACUAUAUAAGUGCAUUUAAAUUAAGGUGUAAUAUCAAUUUGAUAUUUCGCCAUUUUUAGUGAUUAUAGCAAGGGACGCUCUGACGCUUUUCGGCUCAGCGAAAUUGCUGAAGCUAAGAGACGCUACAUAAAAAACUAUUAAUAUAUUUAAUAAAAGUGGAACAUUAAAAUACAUAUAAUUCAGAAACCGUUGUGCAAUAUCAAUAAUACUCAAUUUAUAAAAUAAUAUAGAAGUUUUUUUAUACGAAAAGGGGUUGAAACAUUAACAAAAAUGGAGACUGAUGUCGGGCAAAAUGGCAGCAACGCCGGUUCACAAGAACCUUGCAAAACAAACUUGAUUGUUAACUAUUUACCCCAAACGAUGACUCAAGAAGAAAUUAGAUCUUUAUUUGAAAGUGUCGGAAGAGUAGAAAAUUGUAAAUUGAUAUAUGGUAAAAGCCAUGAAUAUCCAGAUAUUUUCCCGAUUGUCGUGCAAUCGAGGGUGAGUCUUGGAUACGCUUUUGUGAAAUAUUUCCAAGAAGAAGACGCGGCGAAGGCUAUUAAAGCUCUAAACGGGUUAUGUUUGCAAAAUAAAAAAAUUAAAGUUUCAUACGCUAGACCGAGCUCCGAAUCGAUAAAAGGAGCUAAUUUAUAUAUCUCGGGAUUGCCAAAAACUAUGACCCAACAGGAGUUGGAAAACCUGUUUUCUUCUUGUGGUACAAUUAUUGCUUCAAGAAUCUUGAGUGAGGGCGUUCAACCGCGUCCCUACAGCAUUACAGGUAAGGAUCCCAUUCCGGCAUCAGCUUCCAAGGGUGUUGGAUUCAUACGCUUUGACCAGAGAGCUGAAGCUGAAGAAGCAAUCAAAGAGCUUAAUGGAACAAUUCCACCAGGCGGCACCGAACCUAUAACAGUUAAAUUCGCUAAUACCAACAAUAACAAAGCCAUCGCUCCUGCAGCUGCUUAUGUGACUCCUUCACAAGCAAAUAUUCGCCGUUUUCCGGGUCCGAUUCAUCAUCCUUCUGGUCGUUUUAGGUUUUCUCCAAUGACUGAUGGCCUGCCAAAUAUAGGUUUGCCAAAUGCUGCACAAACAGGCGGCACUGGUGCAGGAGCAAACUGGACCAUCUUUGUAUACAACUUGGCUCCAGAGACAGAGGAGAACGCCCUUUGGCAGCUGUUUGGGCCAUUUGGUGCCGUGCAGAAUGUCAAAAUAGUGACUGAUCCACAGAACAACAGAUGUAAGGGUUUUGGUUUUGUUACAAUGACUAACUAUGUUGAAGCUGUGGUUGCUAUUCAGACAUUGAAUGGUUACACAUUAGGUGAACGUGUUCUACAAGUCAGCUUCAAAACUAACAAAACCAAAAGCAAGUGAGUUGGCUGAAUAAGCUUAAUCACAUAAAUAAUAAUUCUUUUUUUGUCACAUUUGGUUUUUUCAUGUAUAACUGUAACUUAUUACCUGGCAUUAAGAAUUAUGUUCCGCGUAAGCAAAAUUUUAAUUUUUACUUUUGAAUAUAUUCUGAUAAUAUGCCUAAUAUAAUAUUGUGUAUGUAAUUGUAUACCUAAUUUAAAUUAUUCGAUUAUUAUAAUAUUAGCUUAACUUAUAGACUUAAUAGAAACAAUUUCUACAUUAUAUAAGAUUUAAUAUAAAGUAGUAAAAUUUACUAAGAUAAUUGUGAGUAUUAGUACAUUAUGCAUAUUAUGAGAAAUCUGAUUGUUAAGCAAAUAAUGUAAUUACGAGUGAUGAUGAGGAUUUCUUAUAAGAUUGCAUUUGUACUUUACUACAAAUCGAAACUAGUCAAGAGUGUGUGCAAGUUUUAUUAUAUAGUAGUUGAAGAAAAUGUAGAAUCAACCAGCUAGUCACUUCUGUUUCAAAUGACUUAUUCUGAUUAGCUGUUAUGCAAUAUGACUUAAUAUAUAAAUAUACACGCACACACACACAAACACAUAUACACAGAAUAUUUGC